AUGAGGGAAGUGGGCAGGACAGGUAGGUACAUGUGUUCAAUUAUUUUUUAUUUAUAAUUAUUGGCAGAGUGUAUGCAUUUCGGAUUCAACAAUGUCGUGUUUGCAUGACUAUCUUAUAGAAGUUUUUCAUUUAUUUUUUUAAGUGUGUGUGCAUGGUGUGAUGCAAUGUGUGUGAUUAGUCACAUGUAACAAACAUUUGUUUUUACCAGCUGCACGUGUGUAGUGUUGUUUUAAAAGGUAGAUGUAUACAGUAGUGUAUUUGAUAUGUACCAUUCGCUAUGUAAAGGCAACUGGUGUUCUGCAUUUCGUGAAAUACAGAACAGAUGUGCGGUGACAAGCAAUAUGCAAAUAUUACAUAUGGAUACCGUUUUGCAAUCCUGUGUGUGUAUAAUUUAAACCUAAACAGGAAUACAGUGUGUGUGUGUGUGUGCACACAUUUCUAUGUAUUUAUAAACUGUAUAUGUGUAUCACAUGUAAAAACAUAGUAUUCAAUGAUAUAGCAGUUAAAAUGUGGGGUAACAUCUUGUUGAUCCUGUGACACAUUUUAUUCUCACUUUGGAGUUCAGUAGGAUUUUUCUUCCCCCAGUAUGUUUUGGAAAUAGCUGUACAUUGAGUAUUUAAACUUAGUUGGAUAAACCGCAGACACAGAUGUAUGAAAGGCAUAACUUUAUAGCCUUGAUUCUUUUCUUUUUUUUUCCCAAGUCAAUAUUAAAGAUUAAUGUGCAACUACAAUGUAACUGUGUACAUAUCUGUGUACAAAUCGAAAGUCAUGUUGUUGUGUGUUUUUUUGUUUGUUUUUACACAGUACAGAAUUGGGACAGGUACCAAGAGAUUGUGGUUUGGGGGUUGUUUAAUUUAAGCUGUGAUAGCGUCUGCUAUUUUGGUGCAGGAAAGCUAUAGCUAUUAUGUUCUGCUUUUUGGUGUCUGCAUCCAGUAAUGACCCCCUCCCAAUGAUGUUAAGACCAGAUAGAAGCAGGAACUUAAUCUACUAUCACAUACUUCUCAAUAUAAUGUUUUUGUGAAGUUCUGAGAUACAAUCAUACACACUGCUCCUUAAUGUAAGUUUGAAUUAUGUGGAUCCCAGUACAGUAAUACUCAUAGAACAAUGCUGAGUGUCUUAUUGCAGUGGAGCUCCGUAAGUUAUUCAUAUAUACUGUAUGUUACUGUGAGUUCUAUUUUUAUGCAACUGUGUACUCACAGCAUAGAAGUGUGAUUUGAAUUGUAGGGGAGCUCUGUGAAACCUUCAUACACACAGAUCAUUACUGUGUGUUUUAUUGCUGUGGAGCUCUGGAAUUUACUACACACAUCUCAGCUCCAAGAAAAGUGGCACAUUCAAGGGUUCAUAAUGGCAUUGCCUUUGUUGAGAUUAACUUUUCAUAACAAUUAAAAUAAAUAAAGAACAUGUUUUAUUUAAAUUACAGUGCUAUCAAAUAUAUAUACUAGAAAAAUUGGCUACUACUUUGUCUCUCACAAACCUAAUUUUGGCAAAAUGUGUCAGUGGUGGGAUAUUUCCCAUUAUGUGUCCGAUAAAAGAGCCUUUUGGUAUCUCAUUAAACAUGCUCCAGUUCAUUUACAGAGGAGCUGUGUUUUAAAGUUAUUAUUUUUUAAAUUUGUUUUUUUAUGUUUGUGCGCAAAACCAUAAAUCCAUCAAAAGCUUGAACACUAAUAUUGAAGCAGAGAGGUCAGGGAUUUUUGCAACCCAUGACUAUUCCAUUUUAAGGUCCUAAACAGAAAUACAUUUGGAACAAGGGAGGGCUCUAUAAAAAAUGAAAGCACUAUAUAAUGUGUGCUUUCACUUUAAAAUACCAUCCCCUUAAAAUGGCACUGUCACUACGGAGAUUGUGCACCACCAAAUGAUGAGGAAAAGUUGACUAUGGCUGGUACACUUUUUUUUUUUUUUUUUUUUUAAUUUAUUUAUUUAUUCAUUUUUUAUUUUUCAAGUGCAGAGUUGUACAGUUAUGAAUGCUGUUUUUGUCUGUGAGGUUCGAAAUAAUAGUCAUUUACAUAUAUGCAUUAUAUGAUGUAGUUAACAUAGCAUUUAUAUUUUGUUAAGAAACUGGUCGAACAUCUGUCACUAAAAGGUAAAUAUGCCCCUCUUUUUUUUUUUUUUUUUUUGUUGUGCAGGUGAGUACAAAGUAUAGUCAUGCGCCACAACAGCGUUCAAUAAUAUGGCAACAUAGGUUAAACAGUGGCUUUGAAAACUUGCACUUUUAGUUUAAAGGUAAAGCAAGUAUAGUAGCUAUGUCUAUGCGAUAAUCUUUUUUAGAGUAAAUAUGCUUGUAGCAUCCUGUCGUCUUUGGUACACAGAGUUAAACAUAUGAGAAAAAACAGACAGACAGUGAUCUAGCUUGCUGACUAUUGUGUUAGAAAAGGACUGGCAAUUCACAGUUUGCCCUAAUGCUCCAGAGGCUAUCUAAUUUUUAUAUUGUAAGCUAACAUGCAUGCAACUGAUAUGACACUGACGCAACAUUAGUUAAAGCUAAAGAGUUGUGCAGUAUAUGUUGAGUUGGGGAGACUUAGCUAAUCUAAAGUGAGAUCAAUAUAACAACAUUUUUAACUUAGCAGAAUUUUUCUUGCUUUUGUGUUGCUGGGUUGUUUGCAGCCUCAGUUGGGGUCCGUGUCCAGAGACUUAUCUCAGCCGGCAGCCAGCCCCCGAAGUUUAGGCAGUCAGCCGAUUCCCUGGCUGGGCUUCCACCUUCCUUGUGUACAAUGUCCACCUGGCAUGUUUUUAUCUUCCAAUGUGGCGUUGUGUAAAUUGUCCUGCCGGAGUGGGAGUUGGCCAAGCUUUGUUGUGGUGCGGUGAGUGAGCAGGUGUGGUUGGAGUCGGUUGGUCGUGCCACUGGGCCUGGAUAGAGUCACCCAUGAGGAGGUGGGUGCUUGCUUGAGAUCGAGGCUUGUUUUCCGCAGUUUCCACCAGCUCUCCGCCCUGCGCAAGCGAGGUGUAUGCUUACUUCGCCAUUGCGUGGUUUUAGGUCCCAUCGGUGCUGCAGGCUGAUUCUGAGGUGGCGGUUGUCGAAGUGGGCAGCGUACGGUGAGUAGUUGCAGAGCACCUUGUUGCAGCAUGAGUUCAAGCUUGAUCCAGAAGAAAAUCCUGUCAAUGCUGGACAGGGGGUUUAGUGAUACCUCUUGGCUGUCUGCUGGCCGCAUGGUCUCUGCCAUUUUAGGUUGGCCUCUCAGCUCUCUGGCCAUCUUCACAGUUCUUUCCGUCGUGUUAGAGGGGACCAUCAUGGGUGGACCGGGAUCACCCCCACCGGUCCAAGGGGGGGGGGUAGCAGGGUAGCAGCAACUCGUGGCAGUUGGUCUCCGGAUGGUUCCAGGCUGGGAGAUCGGCCGCCUCUCCCGCCUUGUGUUUGCCAGGCCACUUGCCCUCGCGGGUGCAUUCUGCCAUCUGUCGUCCACUCACGGGCCGCAUCACCGGUUUACCGUGAGGGUAGAGGACUAGUAAGUCGCUUGGGGUCCUGUGGUGUGGUUUGUAGUGGUAUAGGGGUGCCUUUUUAGCCAUUUUUCCCAAGAUUAGUGUGAAGCUCCAGCUAGGCACGUCUUCCCUCCAUGACAGUCAGGCCCCGCCCCCUAUGUGGGCCUGUGAGUCUUUGCACCGUGUUAUGGCUUGAAUGUUUAGGGUCAGUUGUUAGUGCAGGUACUGGCAAGUGCCUUAUUGUCGUUUGUUAUCAUGGUAUGCUCAGUGUGGUACGGCUCUGGUGUGUCACUUCUUUUGUGGCUGGUUGUGGGUUCAGCUGAGUGUUGCAUAUUGGUACAAGUGACGGUGGUCAUACGAGUAUAUUGUGUGCAAGAGAUUAAGUCUUGUCUCAAUGGGGGUCCAGGUUAGGACCGUCUUUGUGGAGAUAUGCCGUGCGAAGAGAUGCAUUUACCUCGUCAGUAUGGUGUGGGGGCGCUGUCAUGUGGCUGCUAGGUAGGUCAAUAGGUUCUGUAUUGGAAGCUGCCGUGUUGUGGGCAACAAGAGCCCAGUGGGGGUCGAGUAGACAGUGUGUAAUGUGUCAUGGUGGGUGGUAGUCCCCUAACCAUGGGAGAUACGGGUGGGGAGGUGCUGUCGCCUUUUCCUGUCAUGAUUGUCAUGAUGAUUGUGUGGCGCUCAAUAUAACAACAUUACUGGCGUCUCCUGUUUAGUGCGUGUUAGGUGUACCGGUUGGGGUCCUAGUGGUAGGUGGCAACUAGGGGGUUGUCAGUGAGUGGUCGUUGCAUGGUUGUCGCCUGUGUGGCGGGUAUUUGUAAAAGAAAGGUAACAUAGAAAACAAACUUAAGCAGGGCUUCUGAUUAGUGGGGAAACAAAUGUAAGUUUCGGUUGUGAGAGCGUAGUAUCUAAACUUGAUAGUUUAUUAGGGUAUGCUGCGGAUUAGUGCAGUCCUUUCAGGUCGAAGCUUUUGGUUCUGUGCCCCCUCUAGGCGUGAAGGUCACGACUCUCUCUCUGGGUCCCAGGUGUGUGAGGUGGAGGGAGUUGUCGCUAUCGCUGUUGCCGUAGGGAGCCCCAGGGCUCGGAGAAAAGAGUUUGCGUCUGCUAGGGUGGAUAGUUUCUUAGUUUUGCCCUCCUUGGUUACUGUUAGAACACAUGGUAAUGUCCAUCUAUAUUGUAUGCCUGCGUUACGCAGCUGGCUGGUUACCGGUUCCAUUGAGCGGCGCCACAGCAAUGUGUUGCGAGAUAUCCUGGAAGAAGGUAACUUGAUUGGAUUCAAAAUUGAACGGAGUUUUACCCUGGACUGUCGUCAUUAUGAGGGCCUUGUUAGUGGACGAGUGGCAUCUGAGCAUGACAUCGUGUGAUGCUGUCAGUGGGGCUUGUCUCGGUUUCGGGAUACGAAAGAAUCCCUCCUAGGUGAGUUUCUUGGCCUGGGUGUGUUGCAAGAGUGAGGUGGUGAGUCGCCUGAGAUAGUGGGGCAACUCAGUAAUGCCGAUGGAGUCGGAUAUGCCCCGGAUCUUUAUGUUCACCCUUCUGUGGCGGUCGUCUGCCAUGUCAGCCCUGUUCAUUAAGUUAGUUUGGGAGGACUGCAGUUGGAGUAUGGAUUCCUUGAGGCCUUGUACCUCUUGUCUUAAGUCCAGUAUGUCCUCCUCAGAGGCUUGAGUGUGGGCUGUUACAGCUGUGAUUUCUGCCUUUAGCAGCUCUAGGUCCGCUGCAUGUAGCUGCCUCAUUACCUGUAGGAGCUCUGCUAUAUCUUGUCUAGUCGCUGGGGUCUGGUUGUUUCCCUUUGCCGGUUCUUCUUGGGGUGGUCGGGUGUACGGAGGUUCGGGAUGAUCCCCGGUGGAUCCCUCAGAGCCGUCUGAGCCCUCAGUGUGUUCCGGCUCAGCUGCCAUUUUCGCAGCACCAGGGCGCUGCAGCAUGGUGCUUAUGUCCUGUGUGUCUGUGCACGCACCUGUUUGUGUUUUUUGGGACCUUCUGCCCAUGGUGUUCGGGCCUUGUUGGAGCAGCGUGUACUGGGCCCAAGGUGAGUAUUCAGGUGCCUCCGUCUCUGGAAUUUUCAGCGCGGUCCUUAUGGCGCGGAGCUCGGAGUAGGCAUCUGGUUUUCUUGCUGGUCUGUGGGAAUAUGAAGGACAUCUGUGGCUGCUCGCCCCUGCAGGCGUCAAGGUAGGUGGUUUUCACCCUUCGAUGGAGCUGUUUGGGGGUCCGAUAUUUGUCAGUUUCAACUCCUGGUUCAGGAGCUGCGAGAAAUUGUGGCCAUUCUGUUCGGACGCUUGCCUCCGCCCCCCGGUACUCUUUAUUUUAAUAAAAAUCUCAGUAGUUUUCAUGUGUCCAUCAAGUUCAGCCUUUCUCACUUCUGGUUUUUGCUGUUGAUCCAAAAGAAGGCAAAAAACCUUGUUUGAACCAUGUCCAAUUUUGCAAACUAGGAAAAUAAUUCCCUCUUGACCCCACAAUGGCAGUCAGAUUUAUCCUUGGAUCAAGAAGCUAUUACAGUGGAAAAAUUAUAUCAUUGAAUAUUAUGUUUUUGCAAGUAUGCAUCUAGUUGCUGUUUAAACAUCUGUAUGGAUUCUGAUAAAACCCACUUCUUCAGGCAGAGAAUUCCACAUCCUUAUUGUUCUUACGGUAGAAAAAAACAACUUUCCUUUGCCUUAGACUAAAUCAUCUAAAUGCAUUACCUUGUGUCCUAUGUAUAGUUCUGUUUGUUUUUUUUUAUUGCCCCCGGAUAUAUUUCUAUAAUGUUAUCAUAUCCCCUGUCAGGUGACUUUUUUCUAAAUUUGUUAACCUUUAUAGCUAAAAUGUUCCAUUCCUUUUAAUUUUGUAACCCACCUCAGCGCUUUUUCUAGUGUCACAAUAUCCUUCUUGAGAACAGGUGCUCAAAAUUCGCUUCCAUUUAGGGUAUAAGUUGCUUGUGUAUUCUUUACACCAAAGUGCAUAACUUUGCAUUUUUCUACAUUAAAUUUCAUAUGCCAUUUGAGUGCACAGUCCCUCAAUUUAUCUAAAUCCUUCUGCAGCAAUGCAAUAUCCUGCUCACAUUUUAUUACUUUACAGAGUUUUGUGUCAUCUGAAAACACUGAAACAUGACUUUCAAUGCUUUUUUUAAGAUCAUUUAUAAACAUGUUAAAUAGAAGUAGUCUCCAAACAGAACCCUGAGGGACACCACUUACCACUGCUGUUCAGCUUGAUGACAUUAAUGACAACUCUUUGUACUCUAUUUUUAAGCCAGUGUUCUACCCAAGAACAAGCAUUUUCAUCUAGACCGAUUUGAGUUUGAACACUAAUCUAUUGUGUGGAACUGUAUCAAAUGCCUUGGCAAAAUCCAAAUAGAUCACAUCCACUGCAACACCCUGAUCUAUACUUAUACUUCUUCAUAGAAUGCAAUAAAGUUUGACAUGACCUGUGCUUCAUAAAACCAUGCUGAUUAUUGCUAAUAACAAAGUUCUUCCCAGUGAAUUCCUGAAUAUUAUCCCUUAUUAAUCCUUCAAAUACUUUCCCAGCCACAGACGUUAAGCUUACAGGUCUGUAAUUUCUGAGAAAUGUACCUUUCUAAUAUUUGUUUGAAGAUAUUCCAUUUAUCCUCAGUGUUCUUUUCACUAAAGAGUUUAUGCCAGUCAUCAUAUUGUAAAGCUGCCCUUAUAUUACGGAAAUUGGCCUUUUAAAAAUGAUGUGCUUUAUUUAUUUAUUUAUUAGUUUAUUUCAAAGUACACUAUAUUGCGAUCACUAUUUCCCAAGUGCUUGUCUACUUGAAUGUUGGUCUAAAGCGCUACCAAUGUCAGCUUUAAAGGGUACCUGUCUUACCACUUUGUGUUUUGCAAGAAAUAUUCCUCUGCAGUCUCAGUCUAUACAUUGUACUAGCGAAAUUCCUGGCUAAUAUAUACUUUAAUGCGAUAAAACGCUGGUAAAAACUGUGCUUUAAAAAAAAAAAAAAAAAAAUUUUAUAUAUAUAUAUAUAUAUAAUAUUUAUAUAUAUAUUUUUUUUUUUUAAAUUUUUUUAUUCUUUAUUUUAGUUUGCCGUCAGACAUAAAUCAAGACAUACAUCACAUUACGUUGACCGAUUGCUCACAUCGUGCAUCUUACAAACAAGGUUUACAAUGUAAGAUAUCAUACAGGACUUUUGUGAAGGAUUCUCAGUUUUUCUGUAUGGACAGUAUGCAAUCUGACUUCAAGGUUUUUGUAUUUACAUAAAAAGAAUUUAACAUUAAUAUAUUAAUGAACAAAUGCAACCCAAACAUGCAAUACCAUAUUGCUUUUGGCGAGUGUUUGAAGGUGGUGUAAUCUACUUAGUUGAAGACUCUGUGUCUCGCCUGAGGUAGUCAUGAACAGUGUUGCAGGUAUUGGCAUAGAAGUAGGCAGAUAGAUUGGGUGGAUCUCGGGUUCUAUGCUUAUGUGUUCUUAUGUGUUCUUUUUUUAAAUGUUUUUAUUGUGGUUCUUUUAUAUGUAUUUUUGUCUACUAUAUUUUGUGGGGAAGCCUUUUUUACAUACCAUCUCAGUGUGAUCAAGGGGGCUGUGCCAGGUUUUAGAAAGCCAACAAAAUCUUUUCAAUUAAAGGCAGUUCAAAGAGGAAGCUAAUGGCGGCGCUGGGUCUGUUAGGAACGAGGUAAGUAUGCUGAAAAUGGGGUGAAGCUCCAUAGAGGGUGGGUAAAAAAUACUGAAUUAAUAUAGUACAUAUGAAAAGUACCUCUAUGGCAUUACACACCCUGUUAAGCUUCGCCAAAGUUUUUUGGGGAAAGGAGAUGAGAAAAUGGCCCUUCCAGUGAACUUGACAGUUAUGUUUUAAAUGCCCGCUUUAUGUUGUUGCAUGCCUAUAUAAAGUCAGUAUUGUCUACAUUCCACAGAGAUACAAAGGGAUAUUCACUAAAGUGAGAAUUCAAAAUUUAUUUAAAUGAACACUAUAGGGUCAGGAACACAAACCUAUAUUCCUGACCCUAUAGUGUUAAAACUAUAGGGUCAGCCCCCCUUCCCCUCCUAAAUAUAGCAAAAUAUUACCUUUAUUGCAGUCUGCUGCUGUUGUCUCUGCCCCUUAUCUGCCUGCUUGGCUGACAUCAUCAGAAGUUGUGUUUUGAGCCAACUACAAUGCUUUUCCAUAGGAAAGCAUUGGAUUGGCUAAUACUGUCAAGGAGGCAGAUCAGGGUCAGAGCCAACACAAGCCAAACACAGCCCUGGCCAAUCAGCGUUUCCUCGUAGAGAUACAUUGAAUCAAUGCAUCUCUAUGAGGACGUUUCAGUGUCUCCAUGCAGAGGAUGGAGACCCUGAAUGUCAGUCACAUUGUGCAGCACUGCCCAAGAAAGCACCUCUAGUAGCCAUAUGUGGAGUGGCCACUGGAGAUAUCACUAGGCUGUAAUGUAAACAUUGCAUUUUCUCUGAGAAGAUAGUGUUUACUGCAAAAAGCUUGAAGGGAAUGAUUUUACACACCAGAACAAAUACAAUAAGCUAUAGUUAUUCUGGUGACUAUAGUGUCCCUUUCACAGUGAAAUUCACUUAGAAUUCUCACGUUACUGAAUCUUAUGACAUAUUUUCCCGAUAAAGGCCUUGAUUAAAUAUUUUUGAUAAGCUUAUUUUAAUCAUUGUAUAUAUAUUUGGAUAAACGUUUAAAAUGAUUUUUUUCUAAAUGUUAAAAUAUAAAUAAUAUAUCCCUAAAUUAAUAAAUAUUAAAUCAUUUAGCAUAUUCAAGAAUAUUAAAUCAAGUCUGAAAUAGAAUUUUUUUUGUUUUUGUUUUUGUUUUCCCUUUCGCUAUUUACACUUUUGUCUAUGUGGCAUCUGUGGUUUUAUUUAGAAUUGCCCUCAUCUGAAGUCACCACACAGCAGUGUUUGGUAACCUUUUAGCAUUGCACACAUUUUGGACUAUUUUUUCCAUAUUCCUCAGCCAGGAUUUCGUGACUGAAUCACCUGACCACAUUCUUUAUUAGUAAACAUUCUACGAAAGCUGACUACAUAUUUUAUUAGUAAAUAUUCUAUGAAACCUGAUCACAUACUCUAUUGGUAAACUUUCUACAAAUGAUGACCCCAUACUUGAUUAGUGAACAUUCUCUGAAAGCUGACCUCAUACUUUAUUAGUAAACAUGCUACGAAAGCUGGCCUCAUACCAUUAGUAAACUUUCUACAAAAGCUGACCUCAUACUUUAUUGGUGAACAUUCUCUGAAAGCUGACCUCUUUAUUAGUAAACAUGCUACAAAAAGUAAUCACUUACAAUUAGUAAACAUUCUAUGAAAGCUGGUCACAUACCUUAAAGCGGCACUGUCGUGCCGAACUUACCUUUCCCAAAUCGAUUCCUCUUCUCUCCCUUUCUCAGGAUCUGUUCUUCAUUUCUUCCUGUCUGCUCCAGCUUUUUUUAAAACCUAAGACAAAGUAGGGACUAUUUGUCUUAUGGAGGUUGCCUACGCCUGACCAUCUCUGAUCAGUGGAGGAGCAAAGUGUGCCCCCCCACCCAAAACAAAAAUGAAUAAACCCCUAACUAACCCCCUCACCCUAAAAAUAGUGAGGGGGAAAAAAAGAACUAAGAACCUGUAAAAAAAAAAAAUAAUAAAACUUUUUUUUUUUUUAAACUUACCAUUUGAUGUCGUCUUUUUUCUAAAAUCUUAAUUUUCAGCCCCCAAAAAGGGCAAAUAAAAACCAUAAUACCCGUCGAACAUAAUACCUGUUGCACCCCCCCUCCCCAAGGUGACUAGGGGCUUGGGGACCCCUAGUCACCCUGGGGAGGGGGGGAACAUUUUCAUUUAGGGCCUCCACCCGCCGCUCAGGGGUGGGGGCCGGUGGGGAGGACAACAGGCCCACCUUAUUGUUAUUUAUGGCCCUCACCUGCCGCUCAGGGGUCCUCAUUAUUUAUAUGGCUCCCACCUGCCGCUCAGGGGUGGGGGCCUUGGGGGUAGGACAAUAGCCCCUCCCCCCUCAUUGUUUUUAUGGCCCCCAAAACUGAAUGAACAAACGAACACUGAUAUUUAGUGUUUGUUUGUUCGUCUGACAUUUCUAUUCAUUCAUUCGUCUUUCUGACGAAUGAAUGGAUGGAAUUCCCAUUUGCAUGCCCAAAUGUUUAACUGGGCAUGCACGGGAACUUAAAGGACCACUAUAGGCACCCAGACCACUUCAGCUUAAUGAAGUGGUCUGGGUGCCAGGUCUAGCUAGGGUUAACCCUUUUUUUUUAUAAACAUAGCAGUUUCACAGAAACUGCUAUGUUUAUAAUAGAGUUAAUCCAGCCUCCAGUGGCUGUCUCUUGACAGCCGCUAGAGGCGCUUGCGUGCUUCUCACUGUGAUUUUCACAGUGAGAAGACGCCAGCAUCCAUAGGAAAACAUUGUGAAUGCUUUCCUAUGGACUGGCUGAAUGCGCAUGCGGCUCUUGCCGCGCAUGCGCAUUCAGCCGAAGAGGAGGCGAGGAGGAGGUACGUUUAACCCCUUCCUCUCCCCAGAGCCCGGCGGGAGGGGUUCCCUGAGGGUGGGGGCACCCUCAGGGCACUGGUGCCAGGAAAACGAGUAUGUUUUCCUGGCACUAUGGUGGUCCUUUAAUAGCGCUAUCUAGUGUGGGCAGAUGACAUGUCCCACAGGGACUUCUUCUACCCACACAAAGAUGUCGGCGCCCAGAACCUAGGUCUGGUCAGAAAAUAAAGUUUAAAAACUAGGUAAUUUGGAGGUGACUGGGGUGGUCAAUUAGAUGUAGUGGAGUCGGGAGGGGGGUUAAAAAAUAACGGGAUUCGGCCAUGACCAUGCCGCUUUAAGUGAGCAUUCUAGGUGAGCUGAUGUUGUACUUUUAUAGAAAACAAAUAAAGAGGGUGAUUGAGUUGAUCCAGGUUUCAGGUGACAAUGGUUUGGCUACUUGAUCCCAAACAAAUCUUGAGAAAUCUAGUUGGUAGAAAAAUAGGUCAGAGCUUUGGUACUUUGGAAGUAUGAUGCAAAACCUAUGUUGUAAGAUGUCAAAGACGGUUUCCAGUGUAUCCUGGUCUCGUCUGUACUGGUAAUGAAACGGUCCUUUACUGAAACUAUUCUCUUCAUAGAAACAACACUUACUAUGCAAACAUGCAGGUUUGGUAAUUAUGCCGCUAGUUAUGCUAACUGCUUCACUCAUAAAAAAUUGGUUAGAAGGGACAUUGAAUGCUGAGCAGUUAGAUUAGAGUGAUGACUAUCUUUGGCACGGUAGGUGUUUAAAAUGCUAUUGUAACAUGACUAGCUGAGCAUAAUGGGAAAUGUAGUUCACAAACAGCUGCCGUGCUAACACUGCUAUAUCAUCUAAUCAGUUUGUAGAUGGAUUUUGUGUUUGGUUUAUAUUGAGCAUUGGUGAUCAAUAGUGAUUUCUCCUUAUUGGGGAAAAGAGCAUGUGCUUGGUCAUCAAGCCAGAUCCAUUUAACUCAAGGCCCGGUAACUGUGUCUCAAAGCUGUUGUAAAUAGUAGUCUAACAAGAGAUGGUGUGGUUGAGCUGAUUGUAUUUUUCUGUUGUCUUUUAUAGAUUCUCAUGAUAUUCCAGGAGAAGAUGGCACAACACUGGGUAAGUACAUCAAGUGUGUAUAUAUUAUGUAUGUGUGACAACAUGCCUGUCAGGACCCUCAAACACUCAUCAUAUUGAUAAUGUGGAAAUGUAAAUGUGGUUGGCUGUGGGUAACUAAGCUAACUAAACCAGGAUGUAACAGGAAGCUGCUAUCUGAUUGGCAGCCAGGUGGAUGUAAUAAGGUUCAUUUAUAAAUGUGUCAAUUUCUGUUGAAAUCUGCACUUUGUGCAAAAUGAAAAAAAGAGGUCACACUCUGAACACAUAGAGCUGUUCAGCAAGCUAAAGUGCUUUGGGGGCCUGGAGUGUCCCUUUAAUGAAUUAACCCUGCACGUUUCCCUCCAGGUCCUGAAAUGAGUAACCAAUGGAUAUGAGAUUCCACAUGUGCCGUUGGUUAAUCCCUUCACCACUCGAUAUCAUGUAUAUUCAGGCAACAAGUGUAUGCAUCUAUACCCAAAACCCCACCCUGAUAUAUACCUUUUUUCUCCUACAGUUUUAAUAAUUUACACAUAAGAUAAAUUAAUAUAGUACUCUGGGCUGUAAAUCCAUUAUGUUUUAACUCAGUGUUUUUCCUCUAUCCAUAAAACAAGGAUCAGUAAAGUCAUUUUAUCAUUAAAUAAUGUUCUCUGUGCAUACUGACAUGGUAAUACAUUUACAAAUCACUUUAUUGAAUGUCUUUAUUUUGCCCCUUUUCUUCAAAUAAUGUGUUAAUGAAGGGUUUAAGUGCCAAAUCAGAAUACUGACCAGUGCUUUAUAUAAUGGCACUCAGUGUUUCUCUUAUGCAAUACACAUCCUGCAGAAUUCUGCUCUCCACCCUCAGCUUUGUACUAGUGGAUUGCCCUGCUCGUGUUGACAGCCGGAAGCUCUUAUUCUCUUGCUUUGGAUUGAAUUCAAAAAUAGUUGGGGGAAGUAAAACCCCAAUUUAUCCUCCUGGAAACAGAGCGUGUGAGAAAGGAACUGCUAAAUAUUUCUCAAUAGCAUCAAAACGUGGUGAGCUGUGCAAAUGAUAACGCGUUCUUUGAUAUCACAGAGUCCUAUUAAAGGGAAAUGCACACUGGUAGUGUGUGUAACAGAAGUUCUGAAGAAGUUCUAAACAUGAAACAGUCACCAGGAACAUUCCAUUGUCUCCAUGGUAACUUCUGCAACUUUAGAACUUUGCCCUAGAACUGAUCAUUAUUCACUGAGGGUAUUCGUUGAAUUUUUUGUUAAGACCUUAUUGAGAAAUUAAUGACUAAUGGUAUCCUUUCUUUGGUUCCAUUUAGAACUUGCAGGGUUAUUCACGAAAGUGAGAUGUGCUAGUAAAUCCUAGGGAAUUUCACAGUUAAAGGGACACUCCAGGCACACAAAAAAUUGCACUCUUACUUGAAGGGGUUAAACCAUUCUUGAACGGUUUAACCCCAAAGUUGCCUUCUUUGCUGGUCUCCGUCUCCUUCCCUAGUGGCAUCCGGCUUCAGCAUUUUCACUUACAGGAAGCGGGGAGUGCCGCCAGGCAGAGGCGCCGCUGAUUGGUUGACGAUCUCAGCCAAUCAGUGACACCCCAUUCACAAAAGUGGGUUGCAAAAGGUACAUAUUUUUGCAAGCCAGUUUAGUGAAUGGGGAGUCACUGGCUGAGAACAAGUAAUUCACAAUCCACCUGCCUGUUCAAUGCUGCUGAUUUGGGCACACAAGGUCCUUAGGGAGUCUAAGACAAUAAUACAUUGUUUGUUCGUGUUAUGACGCAAUCAUUAUCAAUCAUUCCAGGCUUAGUUGGAUUUUUGGUAUAUUGCUUGGAAGACAUUAUACCAUUUAAUUUAGCCAUAUACCUGUGUAUUUGGACACUGAAUGCCUGGAGUCUUCCAGCAGCUGCUUCAAAGUAUGAAUAUAAUUAUGGCUGCACGGAAAGUUUGGAGAAAUUUUUUUUUUAAGACUCAGUGACUAAUUUUAUAUUUAUGUAAUUUAUUACUUUUUUGUUUGUUUGUUUUUCAUAUGUUUUAUAUGCGGUGUUGCUUUUUAUUGUUUGCCAGGUUCGAUUUGUUUAGUUUUAGAUUUUUAUCUGUACUAUGGCUUGCAUGCUACAGCAAUUAUUUCAUUCAUAGCACCAGUCACGAUUUUAUUUUCUGCCCGGUGUCUGGGAUUUAAACCAUCUGUUAUACAAAAGGGUGCGGCAUUUCCAAUUUCCAGUUUUGAUCUUGUUCGAUCUACGAGAAUUUUAGCUUUCUAAUUGUGUGUGUAUAUGUCUGCCUGAAGAUUGUGCUUUCUUAACUGAUCAAAAUAAAUAUUAAAGGACCACUAUAUGGUCAGGAACAUAAACAUGUAUUCCUGGCCCUAUAGGGUUAAAAAACCCCGGAGCCCCAUGCCUCCCUAAAUCUAGUAAAAUCUUACUUGUAUUCAAGUCUGGAGCUGCUUGCUUUGCCAUUGUUUCCUUUUGACCUGCCCUCUGCCUGCUGACAUCAUCAGAAGUGAUGACCCAAUCUGACCCAAUCACAAUGCUUUCCCAUAGGAUUGGCUGAGACUGACAGAGGCAGAUCAGGGGCAGAUAAUUCAAACACAGCGCUGGCCAAUCAGCAUCUCCUCAUAGAGAUGAAUUGAAUCAAUGCAUCUAUAUGAGGAAAGUUCAGUGUCUGCAUGCAGAGAGAGGAGACCCUGCAUGUUUGGAUGCAUUUUAGGUAGCCAUGUCCAAGGAAGUAUCUCUAACAGCUAUCUGAGGGGUGGCCAGUGAAGUUAGCACUAGGCUGUAAUGUAAACACUGCAUUUUCUCUGAAAAGACAGUGUUUACAGCAAAAAGCCUGAAGGUAAUGAUUCUACUCACCAGAACAAAUACAAUAAGCUAUAGUUGUUCUAGUGACUAUAGUGUCCCUUUAAGCAUUAAGGCACUCUGGGAAGUGGAGCUUUGAGACAUCUGUCAAGCCCUGAAUUUUAUAUAAAAGUACAAAAAUGAGAAUCACAGAGCUCCAUAGCAAUGAAAAUUACAGUAAUGUGCAGCGUGUGCUGCUGAAGUCUACAACUGUGGGAGGGAAAACAUAUAUAUUUUUUAAAUGUGUGAGUGUGUAUAUAUACAUAUAUUAUGAAACCAAGGGGCUGCACUCACCUGAACAUGCAUAAAUGGGGUGCUGCUGGGGGCCAAUUUAUACAAUACACAAGAACCAGCACACUCACCUAUCCACUAAACAGCAACUUCAAUGUUGACAGAUUUUAUUAGUGUUUUUAAAAACACCUAAUCUAUGCAAAAAUAGUGGGAGUUACGUUACAUUAUAUGAUCAUACAUUGCAUAAGCCUGUUUAAAAAACAUAAACAAAAAAAAACACCACAAAUAAAAUCUUUCAGUAUUGAAGUUGCUGUUUAGUGGAUAGGUGAGUGCGCUGGAUCUUGUGUAUUGUAUAAACUGGCCCCCAGCAGCACCCCAUUUAUGCAUGUUCAGGUGAGUGCAGCCCCCUGGUUUCAUAUAUAUAUAUUUGGGAGUCUAGCCAACCCCUCCCUGUCACAGGUACCUCAUCCCAGGGCCCUAUUAGGCCUUGUUCUGCAGAGAGCCCCAGAUGGAAUCCCCCCCCAAGUAAGUGGGUUAAUCUCAUAAGAGCAGACAUUUGGAUGUUAGAGUAGGACCUGCCAAAGAUGGUGUACAUUGACGUUGUGGCAGGCUUAUGCAAUGUAUGAUCAUAUAAUGUAACGUAACCCCCACAAUUUUAUUCCUAGAUUAGGUUUUGUUUUUUUUUAAAUUAAAAAAAUAUAUUAAAAUCUGUCAUCAUUGAAGUUGCUGUUUAGUGGAUAGGUGAGUGCGCUGGAUCUUGUGUAAUAUAUAUAUAAUUUAUUUUUUUUCUUCUAUUUUUUAAUUUCUGUGGAGAUCUUGGAAGAAUAAAGUAAUAGAGACUGAUUAAAUCACCAGGCCUAGCACAGUUAACAGGUCUCAGCUCCCCCACGUUGGGAUAUGCUGUGGGACCUUUAGAAGGCACUGGCAAAUGUCUUGACUUGAAACCCAGCACCAUUCUCUGUACGUUCUGGCAGCACAGCCUGACACAAGGGAAAAUGCUCCCAGUCCCUCACUAAUGUAUCCUUGUCAGCUGCUUGGUGUGAGUACUUCCAGGCCACAUGCUCAUAGUAUAGAUGGGAACUUUGAUCCUAUGCUUUCCCUCUGUACUGAAGAUCUGGGGGCUGUAAACAUGAGCCUUGCUGUCUGUAUCGUGCCCUUGGACAAAUGCUCGACACGCUUAGUAUAACUCCUUCUCCUGAUCUUUAGAUUCUAUAAUGUGAUGCGGAGAUAUGCUCACAGUUAGAAAGUAUCCCUGCUUUUAGCCCAAGACUCUGGCCUAGUUAGCUGGUAGCUUUAAAAGUAAUCUCUGAUCUCAUUCACACAGCAAGGAAAGUUGUGAGUCAACCAGCCGUCGCUGCUGCACUUACGUGGAUCUCAAAAAUGUAAUGUAUUUUGUGUGAGUCAUGCUCCAGAAAAUUAGUGUCUGUGUUUUAUUCCACAACAAAAAUCUGCAGGAGAGAGGGGAACAAAUCUAUAGAGCUGGAUACAUGUGCACUGCAUUUAACUAGUUACUGUAAUUAUUUAUUAUUGCAGUGUUGGGGCUGCCAUGACCGUUACAAUUGUAGCACUCUUGCCUCCUACCUACCUCCUAUUUGUUUCUGCUUUUUCUGCUUCCCAAAGCAGGGCACCCAUCAGCACAGAUGCUGGUCUAAAUGCCACCUCAAUGGCAGAUUGAUGUCUGUCACUCAGUUUCUCUGUUCAAGUGGUUUACCUUGCCAGAGGGUAGAAUAUUUACAGUGACUGCAGCACAUUGCUAUGGAUUCUUUAGUUGUUCUACUAGAGAACCCUCUAGUGCGGGAUUCUCCUGCUGUCACGUGUCAAUCAGUUCUCAGAGGUCAAUGCUGUCAGUGCCGAAAAUUGAUUGACAGGUGGGGAUUAGUGACAAUAUUUUCUUGAGCUUUUUUUUUUUAAUAAAAUGUAUGCAUUUUCUAGCAGUUUGGCCAGACAAUGUAGAUUUCAAAUGUAAUACUAUUGAGAGGAACAUUAAACUUUUUUUUUUACAUAUGACAGGUGUCAAGGAUGUCUGUAAUCUAAUUUCUGCCCUGCCAAAACUUACCAGGAUACAGUGAAGGAGUUUAAGCAUGCGUGGGAUAGACAUAAGGCUAUCUUAGACAUAAGAGACUAAUGAAAGUAUUUUAAAAAAUUGGGCAGACUAGAUGGGCCAAAUGGUUCUUAUCUGCUGUCACAUUCUAUGUUUCUAUGGCUGUUAAUGUGAAGUGAAAAUGUCUAGGACAAAAACAGAACUACAAAACAAAACUAUUUCAACAGUGAUAACUGAAUCCUAAACUGUCUCUUUAGGCAAAAUCUCCAUGAGAAUGUUUUUUAGAGACAAGUUUAAAUGGCUAAGCAGCUGUUAAUAAUCAUAUGAUGACCUUGGCUUAGGCUGGAUUUAAUUGGCUGACACAGCUACCAGAAUGCAGUCUGGAACUCUGUAGACCAUUUUCAUGUGCUACAUACUCCAGCAAUCCAAGGCCCCAUUUGUGAGCAUGUGUUGCCUAUUGGUUAGUGGCUUUUGAUCCUAGAUGUUUCAAUGUCACAAUCAGCAUUUGCAACUCUAGAUUGGCACAGAUAGACCCGGGCAGCUCUAGCUUCAGGAAAGCUCUAAAUGGGCUCUAGAUCUGGGGCAGCUCUUGGUGGGCUCUAGAUCUGGGGCAGCUCUUGGUGGGCUCUAGAUCUGGGGCAGCUCUUGGUGGGCUCUAGAUCUGGGGCAGCUCUUGGUGGGCUCUAGAUCUGGGGCAGCUCUCGGUGGGCUCUAGAUCCGGGGCAGCUCUCGGUGGGCUCUAGAUCCGGGGCAGCUCUCGAUUGGCUCUAGAUCCGGGGCAGCUCUCGAUGGGCUCUAGAUCCGGGGCAGCUCUCGAUGUGCUCUAGAUCCGGGGCAGCUCUCGAUGGGCUCUAGAUCCGGGGCAGCUCUAGAUUAGCAGGAACAUGUUGGUUCUAUAUUGAAUACCUGUAACCUGUGGGUGUGACCAGUUAGCCAAAUUCACUCAAAGUUGUCCACAUGCCUUUAGCUAUGUGGGGAAAUGGAAAGAUAGUGAAAAACACAAUGAGAAUUUUUUUAUAAAACCAUUAAUCUGGCAUUUUUCAGUGCAGCAGCCUAAAAAAAAAAGAAGAAAUCUACUUAUGGGCUUCCAUAUGUGGAUUUAUGCCCAUAGGUAAUGCUCUGUGCUGAUGGUGCUAUUUAGAAUCCCUGCAGAUUUGCCCAGUUAAACAUGGCUCCCUUGGGAAACGUGGACUGCAACGCAAAAUGAGGUUGUUACUGGAAGAGUUAAGCUGGUUUGUGAAUGGUAUCAGAGUGGCUUAGUGCAGUUUGCAAAAGAAGUGAGUUUUCCAUACAAGAUAAAGAAACCCAGAGCAAAGAGAAAGCACCUUGCACUAAGGGUAUGCUGUUUGUACUUAGUCCCUCCUUAGGCGUCAGCAAGUAGUCUGAUCUACCUUUGGUACUUCCCCAAUUAGAACCUCUUUGAUAAUUGUCACAUGCUAUGAUACCUUAAAAAUAGGGACUUUCUGCUGACUCCAAGUGUCUUCUGUUUCUGUUUGCACACUAAAUGUGAGCUCAUAACCCUGCCAUGAGCUCUGCAAAAUUAUUUUAAAACUUACUUUUUUCUCCCUACUUUUUUUUAGAUGAUGUCAUGGAUUUAAUCCAUUCGGAAUCCCAACCUGACAACCAGCUGCACUCCCCUGUGCUUGUUUCAAGAAAUACGGAACAUGCUAGCAUUCUCGAAACGGUCACCGUCGCCUCUUGUAUCCAACCUCGGGACUGCAGGCCGUCUGCGUGGCAACCACUGCAAGACCUCCCUCUACCACCUCCACCACCACAGCUUCUGAUCACAGAACAGCCAAAGCAGAGAGGGAUGCGAUUUCGAUACCAGUGUGAAGGAAGGUCCGCGGGGAGCAUUCUGGGACAGCAUAGCACCGAUCAAAACAAAACUCUACCGGCAAUCGAGGUGACCACACGUUAAUUGCUUUGUUUUACUCACAUACAGGAGGCUUGGUGUUCUUGGGAAUUAAAAGUGAAUUUUAAAUUAUAGGUCAUCAUAGCCAGUCUCAAAACAUAGCCAAUAUGGAAGAUUUUUCCAAUUUGCUAUUUUGGCCUAACACUUGAAAUUCUCUUUGAAUUCCUGACAAUUUACAGUUAAGUGAAUGACCCUUUUUGUCAGUAUAAAAGAAGUAUGAAUUAAUAGACUAAGUCAGUCUUAGCCAUAUGUAUUUGUUUGCCUUUAUUAAAAUAGUGAAGUGUGUCUGCUAGAAAGGAUUACGUUGAGCUGAGGAGAUAAAAAUGGAUAUCACUCCCUGGAUAAAUCCACUUUGAGUAAAUAAAUAGUUUUACCUGUUUAUAGGUUUGUAUCUAUUUCACUACAUACAGGUUAGAAUGUCCGUCUUUUCCUUAUUUACUCAACUCAGUUCCAGCAAGAUUUAUUAGGCAGUGGAGAUAUUUUAUUGUGUGACAGGUAUUCAUUGUUGCAUAUUAUUUAUUAAUAAUUAAUGUUACAUUGGCUGGUUUCCGUGUUUCCGUUAAGGCAUAUUCAGUAAGUAGUUUUAUGUUUUUUUUUGUUUUUUUUAGACGAAGACUCCAUAAAAAACAAACAAAACUUAAAAUAAUGUAGUAGAUAUACCUCAAAAGAAAUAUGCUUAAAAAUGUGUUUUACGUGUUUUCUUUGGGGCGUAUUAACUCUUGCCUUGCAUUUAUGUUGACAAGUCCAUAAAAUUUACUCCUUUAAAAAAACUAUAACCCCCUUCUGCCUUUGAUUUCCUUUCUGGCACAAUUGAGAUUCUUUUCAGUAAAAUAUCAUUGAUGCUGGAAUCUACCACCCGCCUAGCUCUCCUGUGCACUCCCUUUCUGACAUAGCCCAACUACUAAAUGAUACUGUAAAUCAAAACCAAAAAAGUAACUGUUGGUUUUUGGAGAUUUCAAUAUUGAUUGGCUGAAUCCUAAAAAUAAUUAUGUCAUGUACAUAAUAAUCAUGUACGCUGUUUAAGACUUUCCAGCUAACACAAUUUCCUCCCCAACUCACAUUAAUAUUAAAAGCCAGAACCAUACCUUGCUCGAGUGGAUUCUCUCCAGUUGUCCUGACAGAAUCCAAGAGGUGGGUGUUCUCCCUAACAGUUUCAGUGACCACUGUCUAGUGUAAUGCAUAUGCAAAAUAAAGGCCACUAAAUCCCCUCCCAAGAUUAUAAUCACCAGGUCUUUUAAAAAAUUUAAUCUUGAAUCAUCUUUUUAAAUGAUCUCAAGAACAUACCAUGGCACAGAUUAGGUCUAAUCCCAGAUCUAGACUCUGCAAUUGCAUUUUUUUUUUUGAGUCCGAGCUCUUGCUUGUUUGGAGUUUGCAUGCCCCUCUGCGUAAAGUCUGACUAAAAGGGACACAUCUGCCCUGGUUUACAACUGACCUCAUUCAAAUGUACCAGUUUAGAAAUUCACUGUGGUCAAAGUUAAAGCAUACUGUACUUACAGACAAUGGCGAAAUGCAUGCACAAAACAAACAAAAAUAGCAAAGGCCCAAUAUUUCAGUGAAAAUUUGAACAACAACCUAUCAAACCCAAGAAACUUCUGGAAAAUCAUAAAUAGCAUAUAAAUCCCCACAAUCCACUCCCAACCCUCCACUGUCAAAAUGGACAACCAAACACUGCAACACCCCCUAGAUGUAGCAAAUGCCUUUAAUAAUUAUUUUGUUGGAUGUGCUACCACCCUGGUUGCUAAGAUAACAAAUGACACUCAUUUUCAGACCGCAAAUAAAGAUCAGGCCCUGCCAAAUCUUCAUAAUCCUCAUAUAGAGAAAUUCAAUUUUAGACCUGUCCCUGUUAUUGUUGUUAAUAAACAUCUUCAUAAUUUAAAAAUGAAAAACCAGUGUGGAUCAGAUCAAAUCCCAGCAAUGUGGCUGAAGCUCAGUGCGCCAGCGAUUCCUAAACCUGUCACUACCCUUCCCAAUGAAUCCUUGGUGUCAGGAUACAUACCCAAACUUUGGAAGACUACAAAAGUUGUACCUAUCCAUAAAAGUGGUAACAAUACUUUGGUAUCUAACUAUCGCUCAAUGUCAUUGCUCCCUGUAUUGUAAAAAAUCUUGGAAAAAUGCGUCCACAUGCAACUAUGUGAAUAUUAUGAACGGUCAAAUUAUCUGACCCGUGAUCACUCAGGCUUUCGUCCAAAUCACUCAACUUUGACUGCCCUCUUAAAAGUUUGCAAUGACAUCCAAACUGGCAUAGAACAAGGAGACUUAACUGGAACUAUUUUCCUUGAUUUUGCCAAGUCCUUUGACACAGUAGACCAUGGCAUUCUUUUGCAAAAACUUAAAAACUCAGGCAUUGGUGAUUGUCUGCUAACCUGGUUUCGACCGUAUGUUUCAGACCGACUGCAAUAAGUGGCCAUUUCUGAUAGCGCUUCCCUCCCUCUUCCAGUCACGUCUCGAUCCAUCAUUCUGUCUCUGGGGUCUGUCCCUGCGUCCAUCCGUCAGUGGGGUUGGUCUAGAUUAUUCUGUAUCAUGCUACCCCAGUUAGUUAUUUCCUGCGGAUCGUGUAUAUAUAUUUAUAGUUUGUUUAUUGCAUCCUAUUGUAACAAUGCAAUGUUUUGUGGACCCAGCACAUACUUCAAAACAAGAGAAAUCUCAAUGUAUCCAUCCUGGUAUAUAUAUAUAUAUAUAUAUAUAUAUAUAUAUAUAUAUAUAUAUAUAUAUAUAUAUAUAUAUAUAUAUAUAUAUAUAUUUUGCUGCAGAUCCAGUACCUGCACCUACUGCAAGCACCCCCCAUCUUCCCCUCAAAUACCUUCUGUGGCUGUCCAAUCACAGACUGAGCUGUAAAAGUGUUUGCAAGGCAAGUGCUCUAGGUAAUUUUGCCUGAAUACUUAAAGGAAAAGUAUCAUAAGACAAAAGAAACAUUGAAAAGUUGUACUAUUUAUUUAGCAGCUUGUGCUACUUUAAAAAAAUAAAUGUAUUCUUUGUUUUAAAGACAAAGUGUGUAUACAAACCAGGAUAUUAAUCCAAGCAAAACAUAUGAGUUCUGGGCUGCCUUAGCCACGUGUGCUGAAGGUGCAACUUGUCCCCAACACACAAUAAAAAAAUAUCUCUGGAUGUGCUGUGUUUCAAUCCACACUUUGGGUCUCUACAGAAAAGACGUUUAUUACCAGGACCAGUUCCAUUCAUCACAUUAGAUGAGUGAAACUGCUCAGUAAACAAAGAGCAGACACACUGCAGCUGCUAUCAGAUUAAAGACAGCCAAGUUCACAUUUUUGUGAAAUUUUCUGUUUACAGAGAUCAGCAGAGCACGGCCAGUGGUUUAUCUCGCUUGGGAGGAAAGAGAUCUCAGUCCAAGUUGAGCUUGUGGCAUGUAACUUGGAUAAAACUGAAACUGUCAGUCCUGAACAGAGAGAGAGCUGGCAGCUCUGUCAGGCUGGUUAUAGCUGCAGCAAUUUUUUUGAGAAACUGUCAAUGAAAGAUUUUUUUUUUUAUUUUUUUUUUUACUGCUCAGUACAAAGCAAUAAAGUUAAGACAAAAGUUAACAUGACAGUAAAAUGUGCAAGAAAAUAUAGAAAUAAUGAUUUUUCAAAGUGAAUGUUUGUCUAGAAUGGAACAAGCAGCGCAAGCAGAAACCGUUGCCAGAAAGGGAGGUUGCUUGGGUUAAAACCAAAGAAACAAAAUUACCUGCACACUUUCCCAAAUCCCUAUGUAUAUUUAAACAAAUGGAGGUUGUUUAGUUAUCUUGGUUUGCCACACUGGCCUCUUGUUUACCAAGCUUCCUAGGUGAUCUGACUAGCACUAUAACAGACCAGCACGUGGCUUUAAUUUGGCACAGGAUGGAAAACACCGGGUUAAUCAUGGUAGUCAUCUUGAAGGAGCAACCAUCAUAACCAUCAAUGUGGGCAUUCUGCUCGCAGACUCACAGGACAUUUCUGCACAUAAGCAUUCUUCACAACCACCUAAUUAAAUUUGUGAUCCAUUGUGUAAUGCAAGUACACGCCAAACAAUGUAAUUAGAUGUUUUAGACCAACCUGUGAUUACAAAUAGUUAUUUACUAAAGCUUGGAACUGGGAGUUUAAUUUCUUUAGGCAAAAGCAAUCAAAUUGGACACAUUCUCCAAGUCUGUUAUCCUUUCAGCUCCGCUAUUUUGAUCUAAAAUUGCUAAUUCCUGGUCAGUUAUCUGGAAUUGCCAGUUUAAUUAAAGGACCGCUAUAGUGUCAGGAACACAAACAUGUAUUCCUGACACUAUAGUGGUAAAAUACCUAUUUAGGUGUCCAUUCUCCCUUUGAAAUGCUGAUUUUAAUCACCUUUUCUCUCAGGCCGCUCCGGUCUCAUUGUGGUGACCCUGUCUCGUUCCACCUUGAUAGUUGAGAUCAUGAAACUUGAUAAUCUCAGCCAAUCCAAUGCGUUCUCACAAGAAAGCAUUGUGAGGCUAUUGUGCAUGUGCAGCAAAAUACUGUUUUGCUGUUACAUUCAUUCCUAUAAACCUGCAAUUUCCAGGUGAGCCCUGGUGGGUUCCCAUCUACAGUCAGAAGCAAAUUAUCUCCAUUCAAUUGCAAAAUCACCUAAAUUACCUGCUACUUGUUAAUAUGCUGAACUUGGUAAGGCUCGUUUAGUAACUCAUUAACACAUACAGGAUUAUACGCUUAAAUCAGGAAUUCUCGAUUUAUUAUAUAUUUUAAAUUUUUAUUCAUUUUACUUUUUAAAAAAAAAAUUUAGGCCAAAGAAGAUGAACUGGAAACGUGGCUAACCUGGAGAAUUUUUCCAGUUUGGCCGUUUUAGACAAAAUGUGAUGGUUAGUCAAUAAUUUUGAUAAAGAUUAAUAGAACAUGUUCACUCUGAGUUAUAGUCAUUAAUUUGAAGGAAAAAAAAAAUACUAUUUGACUGCUAGGAAUCGUGUUGAGCUGGUGGGAUAAUUUCAUUCCUAGGCACAAAUUAAUCCCAAAAUAGCCAAAGUAAAAAAACAAAACAAACCAAAGCAGUUCACAUGUGGAUUAUUUGGUACUUUUUGGCUGUCUUAAGUCAUGUGAGCCCUUAACAGAAAAUACAAGUUUCACAGUCCCUGAUUCAAUGUGUGUUCUAUAAAACCACCUGUGUACAGUGCCACUCCUUAACGAACAGCAUAUUUUCAUAUAUAAAUUAGUCUCGAGCGACAUUCUAGUAAUUUUCCUGUUACUAUGUAAUCCUUCCUAAGGUGCUGAUGACCCAUGCUAUGAUGUGGUUGGUGUAUGUUAAGACUGGUUCUAUGUUGUUGUCUAGAGAAAAACUAAGUAUUUUAAAAGUUAGUGGAAAGCACCUGAAAUCCCUGGGAUGUCUCACCCGUUACCUGUUAUUACAUUUGUCCUUUACCCUUUCUCCCCUCCUACUUGUGUUCUUCUUGUGCAGCUGCGUAACUGUGAGAAUAUCUCUGAAGUGUGUGUCAGAGCUUGCCUUGUGUGGAAAGACCAUCCUCACCGGGUUCACCCGCACGGCCUUGUGGGUAAGGACUGUCACGAUGGCAUCUGUGAGGUCACUUUGCAUCCAAAGGAAGGGGAGACACAGCACAGGUGAGCAUUUAAUUAAAAUGCUUGGACAAACUCACACAUUCCAUUGGAACCUGACUAGAAGCUUUUUACACAGGUCUUUAACCGCUUAGUGACUGAGAUUAUUCUGAAAUACAGUGCAUUCAUGAUUCAGGCCUCUUUGCAUGUUUAUGUGUUAUUGUUUUUUUAAAGGACAGAAUUUUCUUCAGAUGUACAUUACGAACAUUACAUAUGAAUAAAAUAUUAAAAACAAAAAACAAAUAAUUUUUCAUAGUUAUGCAAUGCUUAUAUUAAUUUCAACACAACAAGUGAAGGCGUAUACAUUUAAAAAAAAUAAAAAAAAAUUUAUUCCUGAUUGGUAAAAUCCCUCAUUUGUCCAGGGUUUCAGUUAUUUUUUUGUAAAUUCAAGGACAAAUAUUAUAAGGAGUAAAUGAUGAUUUAAAGCUAAACCUGUGCAAAAUUUGGUCUACGGAGACUAUACCUUGAUCAGCAGUUACACAAUCCAAACUGCUAAUGCAAAAGCUUUUAUUUUGUAGGUCAUAAGACACCCCCAGGGUAUUUAACUAAGAACAGUUUUGACACUUUUCAUGUGACCAUUUUAUCACCAACCUUUACCAAACCUUCUAUAUUAAUAUAUUAUUUUACAUAUGUUUCAUUUCUUCAGGCCCUAAUACUGUGGGCCCUAAUACUGUAAAGAUCCCAGAUACAUUCACAUUCAUCUUAAUUUUUUAAAUUAAAGGGUUUAUUAACCCCUUAAGGACCAAACUUCAGGAAUAAAAGGGAAUCAUGACAUGUCAGACAUGUCAUGUGUCCUUAAGGGGUUUUCAAAACAACAAAAGAGGUAGUGAUAAAAGCCAAAAGGAUAGCUAUGUAUACAUGUACAACAUAUUUCUUCAUGAAGCAAGUUCACCAACAGAGCUUAAAGGAACACUAAACGGGGCGGAGCCAAGCAAGCGAACGAGGCAGACGCACAUAGAUGGACUCUCUGUGCAUAUUGCUUUAAAACCCAUUUUACCACCAAUACAAAGCACUGCAAAGACACCCCAUGAACCCACUGGGGGUAUGGGGAGAAAAACAAAAAAGCAGAGACCAGACAAACCCAAAACCGGGCCAGAUAUCAGAGAUUUAUUCCGACAGGCGCAAGGGGCACAGGGGCCCAAAAUGGCCGUGGACCUUGCUGAAUACACAGAUUCGCCGCACGUCCUGGGCCUUGGAGACUACACGAGCGGUAUGUUUGCCCCAUUAACGCAGCCAACCCCAAGAAAGGGGCCACCCGACCUGGUCACCACAGAGACACUGCGAUCCAUGUUAGGCGAUUUUCAGAAAGUAUUGCAAGCCGACGUGGCCCAGCUACGCACAAACCUGACAGGCAUGGUGAGCCGCAUUGAAGUGCUGGAGGCCUCGUCAGACAAACCGGCACAGGCCAUAAUGGAGCUCCGGACAGAGGUGCAGACACUUAAAAAAACAUCAAGAGACCACCGACCUACGAUUCGCAGCCGUGGAAGACCUCCGGCGCCGCAACAACGUGAAAAUAAGGGGAGUCCCCGACGAUAUCCCAGCAGAGGAACUCCCGUACCUAACAUGCAGGCUCAUUGGAGCACUUCUGACACCGAAACAAGCCAAUUGAAGCGGUCUUCCGGGUCCCCAAACCGCAGAGAGCCCCAGGACCCGCAUCAAGAGAUGUGGUGAAAUUCCGCUCGGGCGCUAACGAGGCGGCGGUCCUCGCGACCCUCAAAGGAAAAACGCCAUAUGUUUACGAGAAUGCAGCCCUUACCUUCUAUGCUGAUCUGUCCAGGGAUACCCUCCAAUUGAGACGAUCCCUCCAGUCAUUCACUGCACUCCUGAGGCAAAACGGCAUAACAUACCGAUGGCGCACACUGAGGACUCUGCAGGUCCAGCGGAACAAUGCGACCUACACGGUAACCGACCGACCUUCAAGGAGCGGAUACACUACUCUCCACACUCGGCCAGCCGGAGGACUCCCUAACUCCUCCAAGGUGCCCAGGGACCUCAGCCACGGCCCAACUCUGGGACCCAGCGCGGAUAACACCAUCGUGCCACAGGGAAGGCAACCAGAGGCGGGUGUGAAGGCAACCACGUCCGGAUCACCGGGGACCCACAGCCUCACUACCUCCCUUACCCUUACGGCCACACAUCAGCGGCACUUCGAUGCACCAGGGGAUUACACUGGACUCUGCCUUGGCAUUUUUAGUUCCAAUGGAUACCUGGGAACACCCGAGUGCCUCAUUACGAGCUUCUUGGGCCUGCUCGGGCUGACCCGAUCUGCCGAAUGAACAAAUGUGGUUUAACCCCUUAAGGACACAUGACGUGUGACAUGUUAUGAUUCCCUUUUAUUCCAGAAGUUUGGUCCUUAAGGGGUUAAAGUGGUUUAUAUAUUUUUAUGUUUUCUAAUAUAAGUUUUUACUCUUAUGCUUUUUCUCUUUCUUGCAUAAUAAAUCACGCUGCCAAGCCAUAUUCUAAGCUAGGCCCCAUGAGAUACACUGCCUCGAAUGAAACUCCGCCCACACCUCAGACUGAAGAGCGCUGGUUUCCCUACCGCCGCCUAGCCGAGCCUGACUAACUCGCCGACAGCACAAGCCACCAGAAGUUUGGACCAACAUACCGACGGACAGAGAGCCCAGUCUAGACUAGUAGCACUACUAGAGUAACCCCCACACGGGGCAAAAAGUUCUGUCGCCACCCUGACACACUCCCGUGACCAGCUGAUGAGCCCGCAACCCUUUAUUGCUGAGUGAUAUCUUAACCCAGUGGCCCACACCCUUACCUGACCACCAUACCGACGCAACAUCCCCCAACCCAUACACAGACUCAUAGCACGCACACUCAACCCUCCGCGGCUAGACCGCUACAAGAGACAGCAGAACCCAAAUCUCACACCGACCGUAGAACCACAGAUGCUGUGACUCUGUUCUAUCAGCACGAGAUAACCCUUAUGACACCCCCACGGUAUCUCCAACCUGGGAUACCAACCUAUUUAUAACUAAUUGUAGGACCGAACUAUUGCCUUUCUAGCUCCAUAACCUUGUCUUCACGGUAUACCACUCCUGAUUAUCAUACAAAACUAAUGUGCACGGUCUUUUAAUAUGCCUAAGUUGCUAAAACUAUUGUCAUCACAUGUCUUACCUUUGCUGUUGUGGCAUAGUAAGAAAGCUUGUUACCUUCAUGCAUAUCAAAAAUAAAGAAUUAUAAAAAAAAAAAAAAACACUAAACAAAACUGUAUUCCAAAACAAACACCUUUUUUCACUUACUUGAUUCCAUUGCUGAGGUCCAUUGGUGCUGGAUAGCUGUCCCCUUCCUCUGAUAAUCUGCAAUGGAGAUAACCUAAUGCGCGUGUGGACCGAGCACUCAUUAGCUCUCCCUCAUAGUAAAACAUUGAAUCAGUGCUUACCUAUAGGGAUAUUCAAGAUGCUUGACGUCCUCAUACAAAGCGUGAAGAUAUCCAGCAUCAUUUCACCAAGUUAAAAUACAUGAAAAGCCAGGAAGCGUCUCUAUUAGCUGUCUGGAAGACCACCACAACAGUCUUAACCCUCCAGUGUAAACAUUGUAGUUUAUCUAAUACUGCAAUGUUUUAGAUUGGAGGAGUAAGGAGACAGGGUCACUGCACCCAGACCACUUCAAUGGGAUGGAGUAGUUUGGGUGCCUAUAGUGUUCCUCUAAUACAGGGGUUCUCAACCCAGUCCUCGGGACCCCCUACCAGUCCAGGAUUUGGGGAUUACCUGGGUGUGUCUAAGGUGUUUAGAAAAAGGGGGGAAAAAAACACCUUAGACUCUAAGGUGUUUUUUUUUUCUUUUUCUAAACACCUUAGACACACCCAGGUAAUCCCUAAACCCUGGACUGGUAGGGGGUCCUGAGGACUAAUGUUGAGAACCCCUGCUCUAAUAAAACUUACACUUAUAGGGCAGAAAUGCCUCACCAAAGAAAACAUUUGUCCAUAUAAAGGAGGGAAAAGGGGGAGAGGUUAAACCACAAAUCGCCCAGCAGGUGAUUCACUUCUGAAAAUGGACAUACAGAUUUAAUUUUAAUAAUGGGUUUCACAGCCCUGUGUGUCCUACUACUUAAAAAGCAUACAGCAGUGCAACAAUACCCACACGUAUACCUGUGCCAUAUUUGUAGUGUACAGCAUGUGGUUUAUUCACUGAACCCUGAAUUGUAGCAUAAUAACAUCUGAAUGAUAAAAUUCAGCACAAGUAGCCAAGCCGUGGCCCAUAGCGGAGAAAUCUCUAAACCAGCAAUUUCAGUCUAAAAUGUGACUGUGUGUCUUAUUUCAGCUUACUACAGUUCAGAGUUUAGUAAAUAGACCUCUGUGGUUGGAAAGAAAUUCAAAGUGAAUUUAAAAUUUUAAUCUGUAAUAACCAAACUGUAAACAGUCUCCUAUUUGGGUCUAAGAUGGAAAAUCUAGUAUGAAUGUACUUUAAUUGAAUCCUGCUAGGUUGAACUACUCUGAUUAAACGACAGAAGAGAAACAAAUAUAGCAAAUUUAGCGUGAUAAGUACAUAGUGAUACAGAAACAAAAAUAAAUGUUCAAUUCAUGCAAUGUAACCACCCGCCCCUCACAUUCUUUCACAUGCAGAAAGAUGACGAAAUAGUCACAUGUGCAUCUCAAAUCACCAGAAAAUGAAUUCAUGAGAAGUGGCAGCAGUGGUUCCCAUUCACUCAUGAUGACUGUUUUUGUUAUUUCACUGAGUGGGAUGCCUUUUGUAGCUGUUCAUUCAGUUUACUUACAAUAAACUUAGAGGAUUCUGGGAAACCUAACAUUGUCCAGAAUUCCAGUUGGGGACUCCCGAUGGCACAAAGAGGGCUUAUAAAAGACAGACCCUUCCUAAAUGUUUCUUGGAGAUGGUACAUUAUAAAAAUACAAUUUGAACAGAAAAAAAUAAAGAUAUUCUAUAUGUACAUACACAAGGUCUGUCCGCAAAGUACCCAGCCAUGUAAAAUAAUAAUAAUAACAAAGUAUUUAACCGGGAAAUGCACAUUCAGAUUACUCUGGUUUUCAAGUACGUCCUGGGGAUGUUACCUUAGCCCAAUAUCCAGGGUUGUUACUAUUACCCAAUUUAAUGGUACUCAUUUUAUCUACCUCGGAAAAUAAAAAAUAGACAUUUAUUGAAGAAGAUACAAGAAACAUUGUACAUAGGACAUUGACGCCUCAGUCCCCUUCAAAGUAGGCACGUUGAGACCUCACACGGUUCUCCCAGUGUCUCUUCCACUGUUCAAAACACUCUGCGAAAUCCUUUGUUGGAAUUGCCAUCUGCUGCCUUGUCAUAUUUACCCAAAUCUCAUCGAUGGUCUGAAAUCUCUUCCCUUUCAAAGGUGACUUUAGUUUUGGACAAAAAACAGAAGUUGCAGGGCGUUAUAUUAUUCAACAGGUUCUCGACCAUCUUUGAGGUGUUUGUACCACACUUUUAUUUGUGCUGCACUCGUUGCAGUGUAAUGCCUUCUGAAUCAUCUAAAUAGUUUCCGCGGAGGAAUGUUCAAGCAUAGCGCAAAAUUUUAUGCAGAUUAAUUGCUAGAAUUGCUCAUUCACCUUGAAUGUGAUGGCCACACAGUACACAUGCUCAAUAGUACCACUUUGCAUAUCCCCUAAUCUGCUAUUUAACUUGGUUAUUCUGGAUUUGCAGUUCAUCACUUUAAAAAAAAACAAAAAAAAACUAUAGCAACUAGUGGGCUGCAAUAAAUACACACAUACAGAACCCCAUACCACAAAUAUGCAUAAAAUGGAAAAAUACAACGUACAGGAACUUCAACAAAACACUUACUGCCGCUUAGAAAGGACUUUUAAAUCUUAUCGUUUCAUAUAUUGUCUUGGAGGAAACUUGAAUCAGCUCACUUUGUUGAAUUUCUUGUAUUGUUCCAUUCUGUGCAUUUAAUGAUUCAUUGUAUUUUCUGUAUGGGAUUCUGUAUGUAUCUUUAUACUGUACUCUGGGCACUCCAUUGUAGUAAAGAUCACCCGUUUAGUAUACAAUGCUCUGCAUAUAUUUUUGGAUAUUUAGGCUGCCAGAUUUUAUUUACUUAGCUUUUGCCGAAUGUGGACUUGAGAUGUGGCUUGAGCCAGCCUGUGACUUAGGGGUUUAUUCAAUAAUCAUUGCAUUAUCACAUUGGAAAAGUGAAUCGAAAAUGUAAUUGCAAGAUUUAGGUGAAACUGGGAGAAUUACUCCCUACUCACAACUGUAGUCACAACUCUAUUUCAGCCCAUGUUUCACAAUUUGGUUUUCAGUUUACUAGAGGCUGGUGUUAAGUGUUCAAGCACCAGGACAUCCAUUAAUUCCUGACAGUUGAUAUUAGUAAUUGAGCUGAUUCUGAGUUUGCCUCCCAGAGAGUACGUUCAUGGACUGGUCAAAGAAAGUGUAGUCCUGCUGGGUAGUCUGGAUUCUGACGGAGUCAUCUGACUCUCCUGUAAUCACACAUCUAUACUUACAGUCCUAGCUAGGAGUCUGGCUAUAGCUCAACACUGCCUCCUACAGCUAAUGAGCUCACAGUAGAAAGCAACUUUUAUAGGCUGAAAGGUACAAAGCUCACUGUUUGCACCUACAAUCCCAUAAGUAUUAUAAUUAGCUGUAGUUACUCAUUAAACUGGUAAAUGUGGAGAUUUCACAUGGAACUGCAAAUUUUAGGCUAGAAUAGCUGUGUUGGAAAACCAGGUAAAUUGAAGAAUUUUUCCAGCUCAGCUACUCUGGUCUAUUAUUUGCAAUUUCCUUGCUGUUCUCCUCAAUGUUCUGUUUGAUGAAUACACCUGAGAGAGUACACAAUGUGAUAAAAGCCAUAGAGAGUGACGGUGUAUACUGUAUGCUUCCUGUGUUAUGCCUAGUAACAUUCUGUUAUUUUGUGUCCAGUUUUAGUAACCUGGGAAUUCAAUGUGUGCGAAAGAAAGAGAUCGAAACAGCUGUCCAACAGCGAUUAGGUCUCGGAAUAGACCCGUACCAUGGUGAGGAACUCACUUAGUGCUUAUGUACGCUAAGAUAAGAAAGGAAGUAAUUUAUCCACAAUAAUGGGACUUGUUACAGAACCAACUUGGAGUUCUGGGAACAUUCAUUAACUGACUCUGACAGCAUCAUUUACAGAACUGAAAAUUCAAAGUGAAUUUAAAAUUUAAGGUAAAAGUUGUUGAAAUUGAAUCAUUCUCUCAGUCAGUUAUACUUUCCAUUUUGACCCUUAAAUUUGAAAUUCACUUUGAAUUGUCACAUUGGUGAAUAACCCAUUUUUAGCGCUGAGCUUGUAUAUUCUCAUACUAUGGCUUCAAGUUCAAUAUUUUUGGCUAUGCGUUUUAAAUAGUUUUUAUAUUUUUACUUAAAUAUUUUUAAAUUAUUUUUUUAAUUUUUUUAAAAUCUAUCCUAAAAGAAAACGUAUCCAUAAAUCAAGAAAUAUUAAAAUAUUUCUCUAACUAUUAACUCAUGUUAAAAAGUGUAUCCAAAAGUAUUAGAUUUAUUUGAAAAGCAUAUCCACCUUAUUAAAUGAAGGCCUUUGUUUUUACAAACAUUAUGUGUAGUUUGUAAUUUAUUCGCUGUGAUCAGUUGGUUGUUCAGUGUGUAUAUUUAGAUAUGUCUUUGGACAGUUGCUUGCUAUGCAGAUGUUUGAUGUUUGCCGAUCCUCUCCUCCCCCCAGCUGGCAUGUGGCGGCACCAUGAAGAGGUGGACUUGAAUGUCGUUCGACUCUGCUUCCAGGCCUCUUACUACGAACCAGGAGGACAGAGAAGGCUGAUACCACCAGUGCUGUCUGAACCGGUCUAUGAUAAGAGUGAGUUAAACACAGGAACCCCAUGGGGUUCUACACGGUCACUGCGUUCCUCUGCCUUUACUAUCCGCAGCCCACCCCGAAUCCCGCUAUUGCCAAUAUUCACUGCUUCCACUGUGUUCUGCUAUACCAGGGAAUACUUUGCAUUCUAUCUCUCCAUAUAUCUACGUUUUCAUCAUUUAAUUUAUUUUUUCUGAUGCUACUUUUUAUUGCCCCAUCCAUUUGCAGAAGCAAUUUUUAUGUUCCUGCUAACAAUGUAAAUAUUUAAAUCCUAAAAAGAUAUAAAGUUCAUAUUUACGAAUCCCAUGCUUAUGGAUAGAGUCUGUUACUGGAUACUUGCUUUCUUGUAAUGUAGCAGGAUUUGGUGAAAGCUGCUAUUCUAAGUGUUUUGCUUGUUUUCUGUUAGAAUCCACGAACACAUCUGAGCUGAAGAUUUGUCGGAUGAACAAAGACUAUGGUCACUGCGAAGGGGGCGAAGAAGUGUACAUCCUGUGUGACAAGGUGCAGAAAGGUAAAUGGUGCGAUGCAAACAUAAAAACCACUGAUGUGAGCUCCGGACAAGUAGAAAAUGCUUAUCUUCCAUGCAGAGUUGGUGGUGAUCCUGUUGCUAUAGGAAAAUAUAAUUUAUAAUAUAAGCUGAGCUUACCAGCCCUUUAAUUAAGCACAUGAAUGAAACAUGACUCCUCCAGGCCAGUAGUAUUUCUAGUGUAACUCUUCUACUGAAAUAGACACUUAAUCCACCACAACCUCUACAGUUUACUAUUGUGGUUAUGAUAUCCUGGCAAUUUUCAGAGAAAAUACUCAGGUCCGUUUUAUUGGUUUAUUGCAGAAUAAAUACUUGUUGCCUCCAAGGGAGAGUCAAUGCAGGCUCUGAAUAAGGACAUUCCUUAUUUAGAAUUUAUUCAAUUUCUCCAUUACAUAAUCUAACCUCUGUUAAUCAACAGAUUUGUAUUUUUCAGAUACUCGCUCUUGCCUUUAACCACUUAUUGUAAAAAUUAUUUCAUAAUUAUUAAAUCAUUUUAAACAUUGAUCCAAAAAUAUUAAAUUAAAUCAUUUGGAAAGCUUAUCCAAGAUGGUUAAAUCGAGGCCAAAGUAAGAAAAGAAAACCACUUUUAAGCAAACUCCUCAAAUUCAGUUUGUAACACUUUCACAUCUGCCAGAGGCCCCAUAGUAUAUAACCAUAGGUGCAAGGAUUCUUUGAGUGCUGUUCUUCUGAAGACACCCCACCAAUCCUCCAUGCUCUCUGAGUUUGACUAGUGUCCAAAUUUGGACAUGUGAUGAGCUGGAUUUGGGUGCUGGUGAUACCUCUGUCCUGACCAACCCCACAGAAAUGGUUGAGCUAAAGCUAGACAGGGACCAAUACAAAGAGACCUUGCAUCAUAACUACUAGAAUAACCUGCAAUACUUAUAAUGCCUUGAGUGUCUCUUUAAAUGUCCCUUUGUCAAUACUAAAUACGGCCCCCUGCAUUCUAAGGUGUAGAAGUUAAUUUCAUGUUCAUUGGUGAGUAUAUUCUGAUAAAAUGUUGAAACAUUACAUUGAGGCCUUUUAUAAUUUUUUUUUGUUAAUUUUUUUUUUUUAAAUCAAGAUAAUGCGGAGAGCUAUUUACCUUGUAGUUAAUGUAUAGAUCUAUAUAAGGCUCUAUGGAGUGUACAAAUCACACUGCAAUGUUCAUGUUACUUGUAUUUGUAUGGUGGGAGGGGGGGUUAAACCUUCAACCUUUUCAUUACCAAUGACAUACAGUAUAUCAUGAUAUCAAUGACUUUGCUUAACCCUUAGUCGUGAAGGAAUAAAGCACGUUUGGCACCAUUAUGUCCAGGAUGUGUGGCUCUGGUUUUUGCCAAGGGUAAUAAAUAAAUAGUUUGCAAUUCUAAUAUACCCAGCUGUCCAUAAUCUCACAUCAGUUGUUUAUUUACUGUGUUACACAAUAUAGGAAGUUAAGAUAAAGGACAAGUAACAGGGAAUAUCAUAGUCUAAUGUUCUACGUCUAUUGGAAACUGAACUUUGCACUCCAUGGAAAAACGGAUAUGACCAGCCCUUUUCUGAUAGGACUUACAUGAUUAAUACCAUAUAAAUGUUUGUAUUAAAGGUCCUAAGCUGAAAUGUUGACAGCAUUCAAAUAAUUAUUUAUUCAUUUUUGUGUUUUUGGUAAAGCCUGUAAAUUCCUUCAAUCUUUAAGUAUACUUUGUGUCUCUGUAUAAAUGUGUGUAUAAAUAUAAAAAUAUAUGUGUGUGUGUGACUUUACAGUGCAGGAACGACAAUAUCUGUAUUGCAUGAUUUCAAUGUUUUUAGUGAUUGUCAUCCAGACAGCUGACUGAAUUGGAUUUGCCAAGAUCAUCAAGAUUGAUAAUCGGCCAAGGAGGCAGGACCAGCCAACAAGAGAGACAUAUUAAUUAAAAUACAUUUUUAUUGGUAACCUAAACGGUGACUAUGACUAUAACUAUAGUGUUAGGAAUAGAGAUUUGUGUUCCUAACAUUAUACUGUUCUUUAAAGGCAGCAGGGAGCUACUCAUACCAACUUCAGGCAGAGGUAUUACCCUAAGAUUUAAGGAAUUUUAGCCAUAACCCUAUUAAAAAAACAAAAACAUGAAAUAUGAAAGUUUCAUAACAGUGAAGUGACUACUAGAGAUAAAAUAAGGACAUCUCAGGGUUUAUCCAAAACUCCUUGUUGACAUUAAAGGAACACUAUUGGGUUAGAAAUACAAACAUGUUUUCUCAACCCUAAAUUAAGAUCGUCCAGCAGGUCUGCCAGCGCCGGGGUCACCCCCAAUCUGCCUCUUUUGCUGACAUCAUCAGAAGUGAUGAUCUCAGCCAAGGAGGCGGGCCAGGGGCAGAGCCUCAUGCCAUCAUAGCCAAUCAGCAUCUCCUCAUAGAGAUGCACUGAAUCAAUGCAUCUCUAUGAGGAAAGUUCAGUGUCUCCAAACAGAGGGUGGACACAUUGAAUGUCAGUCACACUGUGCACCACUGCCCCAGGAAGUACCUCUAGCAGCCACCUGAGGAGUGGCAAAUGGAGGUAUCCAUUAAUUUAAUGUAAAUACUGCAUUUUCUCUGAAAGCUGUAGUUGUUCUGGUUAUUGUAGUAUCUAUUUAAUAUUCCAAUAAUCUACACUUCACAGCCAUGCACUGUUUUUCAUGCUCUCUCUCUCUCUCUCAAUGUAAUUCUGACUGGCAGGAUGUAUAAGAACAAUGUGCUCUACCUGGCUGCAAUGGGUGACCGGGUUGUGUAAAGCAUUAAUAUUCACAUUGGUGACUUGUUAGAAAAGAUUGCUCUCUGCACAUAUAACCGUAUGUACUAAUAUUCAUGGUUUUCUUAGAGGAUAUCCAGGUGGUGUUCGGGGAUGAAGAGUGGGAGGCCCGUGCUGAUUUCGCACAAGCUGACGUACACCGACAGAUUGCCAUUGUCCUGAAAACUCCUCCGUACCGUGACCUCCACAUCAUGGAUCCGGUCACUGUGUCUGUAUACCUGCAGAGAAUCACAGAUGGCAUCCGGAGUGAAGGGGUUAACUUCACCUAUAAACCACGUAUACAAGGUGUGUUUAAAGAGUCCAGAUCAGCUAUGGAUAAUAUUAUUUGUUUUCCCUUUUGUAAUAUGGUGGUGUUAAAGUUUACCUUAAAGUGAAUUUACUUGUUUAUAUCUUAAUAUAGCCUUUGUUAUACUAUACCAGCUAAUUAUUGUAUUUAUUUUCGAUUCAUGUACCUUUUUUUUUUAUUAUUUUAAAUAAAACAUAUGCCCACCUUUCCCACUCCCCCUUUUUGACUGCCAUCUUUCUGCACCUUCACAUCGGAUUGUGAGUUUUUUGAGACAAUGCGCUCCGCUUUGCAACUUAUUCUCAAAAUUGUGUGCCCUCUCUGCCCGUACUAUUUUCUGACAGGCAAUUUUAAAAACAUAAAGAUUACAUUAUGAUAUUGAAAACAAAACCCUGUAUAUUCAUUUAAGCAGUUAUUAUACAGAUAGCCUACCUUGUAACUUCCAACUUCAAACAAACACUCUAGGACAUUGUAAAGAAAAUAUUUAAAAAUAAAGGACAUAACUGCUAAAAAAAAAUUAUAUAAAAUGUUUCCUGCAAAAAAAAUUUUUUUUUAGCUAUAGGGAAUCUGUGCAAAUAUCUGACUUGUAUUGUAGAAUGGUAACUUCUGAACUACAAAUCCUAAGAACGUAGCUCACAACAGUGAGGGUUUACUUUGAUGUAAUAAAAAUAUUCGUAUGUUUCCCUACAGUGGAAACACUGUUUGACAAGUGUAGAUUCAGCUAUAGGCCCGGGAUUUAUAUCUCAUAACUGAAAGCCAUUUUGACUUGCUAGGAUGUUUCAGAAAAAUGCAAUUUCUUUCUCUUUUUGAGACUACCCAGUCUCUUUCCUGUGUAAAUUACCGUAAUAACAAAUAAAGUGACCAGUAACAAAUGGUGCUUUCAAUAAUGUCCAGACAAUUAUUUAUACAAUGUGCAAAUUGUGUAAAAAAACAGCACUUAAAGUGCAAAUAGCCCCUACGUGUACACUCCAAUAAAAUAAAAAAGAAAUAUAGGAGCGCUGUGUUUUUAAAUACAAUAAAAAAAAUAGUAUAAACACACUUAUUUUAAAAACCAUCAAGGUGUAUAUAAAUCACUAUAGUGAUCUUGUGCAAAACCUAUUUUGGUCCCAAUAUUGUGCAAUGCCUGUGCCAUAGUCCAUAUGAUGGAAAUCAAAACACUUGCAAUCAAUCAGUUACGUAAAACUGUCGGCACAUAUGUAUCCUUCACUUCAGCUCAAAGACAAAAAAAAACAGAGAUAAAUAGUGUAAAUCUGUGUGUAAAAACAGUGAAUACUGAAAUACUAUGAUGGAACACUCACAAACAAAGAGCAAAACUUGCUGGAUCACCCGUGUGCAGAGUCUCUAGACCUCCCAGUCCGCCGCUGGCUGCAGGACUAUGGGCUUUCCAACAUCCUACACGAGCACUUCCAGGAGACAGGGUUUGCAUCUGAACCAUCUGUUUGGACCCAAAUCCUGUCUCCUGGAAGUGCUCGUGUCGGUUGUCGGAAAGCCUAUAGUCCUGCAGCCGGUGUCGGACUGAGCGAUCUGGUGACUGCACAAGGGAGAGAAGUACUGGGGACGUUUUUACUAACAUUUGAUGCAAUAAUGUAUUUGAAAUAUACCUGUUGCUGGCAUCCUUUCCUGCACUGUUUACCCAUUAAGAGACCCAAUCAAGCUGAUCAGUCAGAGCAGGCUCAUCUGCUUUUUGUUUGUGAGAGUUCCAUCAUAGUAUUUCAGUAUUCACUGUUUUUAUACACAAACUUACACUAUGUAGCUCUCUCAAUUUUUUAGUCUUUAAGGUGAAGUGGAGGAUACAUAUGUGCCUACAGUUUUAAGUAACUGAUUGAUUGUAAGUGUUUUGAUUUCCAUCAUAUGGACUUUGGCAGAGGCAUUGCACAAUAUUGGAACCAAAAUAGGUUUUGCACAAGAUCACUUCAGACCACUUUAUUUUAAAACCAUGAUGGUUUUAAAAUAAGUAAGUGUGUUUACACUAUUUUUUAAUUGUAUUUAAAGACACAACGCACCUAUAUUUGUUUUUUUUUAUAUUACAGUAAUACGUUUCUGAGUUUGCAAAUUUAGGGCUAAUUUAGAUCUAUUCAUAGAUUGGUUUCUGCAACAAACACCGGGUUAUAUGCUAAAGUUUGAAUUCAGCUGAAAAUUUCAAAUGUUAUGCCAGAGCAGCUGAAUGGAAAGCAUGGCUGACUUAGAGAAUGUUUCCAGUUCAAACAUUUUAACCUUAAAUUUGAAAUUCACUUUGAAUUCACCUUCAAUUCCCACUUUAGUAAAUAACUCUAUAAAUACGAAUUUUACACAAGAUAGAUCUUCCUAAAUUUAGUGCUGAAAGUGAAAUCUUUAAUGUUCUCAUACUUUUAUCAGUCCUGCGAAUGCAUCUAGUGAGACAAACAUUGUAAAGCUGAAAGAUCCGAUUUACUUCUAGCGUUUAAGAAAAACAAAACUUCAGCUUUUACGUACGCAUUCACUGAAUAUUGCAUUGUGGUCAAUUUGUAUCCACCUCCACUAUCUGUCCUUGCUUUUAGUUUGACACAAUUCUCUGUAGGGACAUUGUGUUUUUUUUAUUAUCUAUUUUCAUGAAUGCACAUGGAAAACCAGAAAAGAAAGAAACUGGGUAUUAAUUCAAAGUCAAUUUAAAGCCAGAGUAGCGGAACUGACAGCAUAGCUGACUUAGAGAAUGUUUCCAGGUCAGCUAUUUUGACCUUAAAUUUGGAAUUCCCACUCUAGUGAACAACUCUGUGAGUGUCUUGUGAUUUCAAAUCUGCCAUUUUGAAGAAAUCUAAGACCUAUUGUUUUUUUUCCUUAUUUAUUCUCUCUCUCUUUAUCUUUAACUCUGCCUCAGAUCUCUACGGUUUGCACAACAAGAAGCGACGCUACUCUCCUCAAGAUGAUAUAAACGACCCAGGUAGGUAUACAUUAGAAACAGACGACCUGCUACGGACUGCGUGACCCGUUAUGCACACAGCAGCUGGAAUGCUGGGAAUCAGGUGUUCCAGGUAGCCUUUUGUACUCCAGCUGCACUUGUAUCAAGUUAAAAAACUUAAAUUCAACUUUAUUUAUUCAACAGAUCCACACUGCAUUGAGGCAAAAAGGAACCGUCCGAUACCUGAUUUUAUGGAUCACUGCAUUCCUGAACAAGGUAUAGCUUGUAAAUAAUCAAAUGUAAAUGGGGGCAUUUACAAGAUUUUUUUUUUCUUCCCCCAUUAUGCCUGAAAAUAUCUUUAUUUGCCCUAAAUCACAUAAUGAUGUAUUUUGAUAUAUAUUUUAUAUUAUAGAAUAAUGCGUUGUAUCCUCCGUACAGCACCUUUUACAUGAACAAACACAACAUUAAUCCACAACUUUAAAAUCCUUUAUCUCACAUCACAUACAUAUCUGUGCCACCUCAUGACUGCUAAAGCCAUACCAGCACCACUCUACAUUAAUCAUUUUUACUUGAUAGAGGUCUUUUAUUGACUCACAAUAUGUUCUCCCGAUGCCAACUGCUAAAAAUUGCAGAGAAAUAAUGUUGCUUUCUUUUUAUCCUUUCCAUUUCUGCCCUUCCUUGUCCAAAAAUAUUUUUUUUGUUUUAGAUGAUGUAUUUUUAUAAAACUUAACAAUUGGAAAAAACUAACACACAUCUUUUAACCAGGGACAGAAUUCUGUGCACCAUAUGCAGUAAAUCAUUACCAAGAAUACUGGCCUGGUUACUCUGCUACAUUUGAAGAGGAUAACAUUGGACAAUCUCUGGUGGAAGAAGUUGGAUUGAGCACGCAGCCACCAUUGCCUGAUUACAAUUUUCAAGAUCCAACUAUCCUACCUCAAUUCGAGGAAAUUACUUCUACCUUUGAUGGUGUAGAAACAGCAGAUCUGUUUGGGUCAAGCUUGGCCCUCACCGAACAGGGACAGGAAUUCCCAGAUUAUUCCUUUGAAAGAGUUGGUUAG